AUGUCUGACGCCGAAGCCCGAAUGCGCAAGCAGCAACGAAGUUCAGAGCAUACAAAAAAUAUUGCAGACUCGGAAAUAUCAAAAAUGCCCACAAAAGAUGAUGGCGACAAAGAAUCGUCCCAAAGCUCACAAUCAAGCAAGCAACCUCUCUUGAGGGAGCGAGAAGCUGAGCAAGCCCACGAAGAAGAUACAGCUGGAUGCUUUUGUCCAAUACUAUCGCAUAUUCCGCAUUUCCAUUGGUCAAAAAAGAAAGAGCGCGCGUUAGCCGGUGAUCAAUUUGCAUAUGGUCUUUGGCACAACCCUCGAGAGGAAAUCGAUGAAUCGCCCAAUCUUGGAAGAAAGGGAUGCUCUGAUUGUAAAAGUCUUUGUGAUUGCCCGAAGAACAGAGUUAAUGUCAAUGUUCUGAAACCUGGACCCAUGUGUUAUUUGUACAGCACAAUAUCUAAGACUAAUCAAUCUUUCAAUGCGAGCCAAGCCGUUAAUUGGCUCGACCCCAAGCCAGGCCGUUAA